AUGCAUUCUCUUGCCGAGUUGUCUAUCACACAUCGAAAGGAUGUCGACAUAUCCGGUCUCAAAGCCACGUUCCAACGAGACCCACUUCUACUCUCUAGCAUUAUUCGUCUGCGUAUUCUAUCACAUGGCAGUUGGGCUUUCCUCGUGGAGGCUUGUCCCAAUGUCGAAAUACUAGCUCUAGAGUACAACCUCGACCACGAUGAUUUGAUGCUUGCGGCUGGAGCUUCAAAGAACCUGAAGCUUUUCGAAAUCUGCCUCGACACGUGGCGCGGGAAAGAUGUGCAACGCCUGCACCAAUUUCUACCGGAGAUCGAGAGUCUAGCCUUACGAGGCACCCUCGGCCAAGAAAAGCUCAGUACCUUUGCUAAAACGUUUGGCUCAUUUCUAAAGCUGACCGAUGUCGUUAUUACUGCCGCACAACAGAUCACUGACGCAGAUCUGGAAGACCAAUUUUCUGAUGACGGGUCAGGAUGUGGCAGUGUCUUUGGAGAGAUGCUGUGUGAUCAUGAUCUUGACGAAAAUGAACACUUUGUCGCUAUGAAGUUCUUCGAGCAUUGCGCUGCGCUCGAAAAGUUGACCAUAGUGCACACUGACUGCGUCACUCCAUGGCACCCCACACGUGGAAGCGAAGGAGUUCUUGAGACCGUCCACACUGCCUCGGAUGCCUACGAAAUGUGGCAGACAUACGAUGAUGAAUGGUUUCCCACACUGUUCACUUUUCCUCGGCGAGCCAACAUUUGCGAUGAAAGCUUUGAUCCUCCUAGCUAUGGGGACGAGAGCCGCGAGGCUGUGGAGUACAGGGGCUAUCAUGCAUGA